AUGUCAGACUCUACAGAGCAGCCGAAGAAGGAGAAGUUUGCGCCAAAGCAACCCGUCGCACUAAACCCGCCGAAGGAUGAUGUCAUUGAACGCGAUUACCUUGCAAAGUGUGAUGGCACAAACGAGGGUUUACCAACUCUUGUCGCAAUCAAGGGUGACGUGUUCGAUGUGAGCGGCAAGGAGACAUACGCACCUGGGAAGGGCUAUCACGUGUUUGCGGGGAAAGAGCCUAACCGUGCCCUCGGUCUGUCUUCUCUCAAGCCUGAAGACUGCAUAUCGGACUACUCCGGACUAUCCGAGAAGGAAAAACAGGUUCUUAAUGAUUGGCAUACAUUCUUCAGCAAGCGUUACAACAUAGUCGGACGGUUACCUUCUGAUGGCGCCAAUCUCUAG